AUGAAGUUCUGUGCAAACUUGUCGUUUAUGUUCACGGAAGCAUCGUCGAUGCUCGAAAGAUAUGCAUUGGCUAAGGAAGCUGGAUUCAAAGCGGUUGAAAGCGGUUUUCCCUGGGGUUUGACAGUGGAACAAGUGAAGGACGCGAAGGAAAAAGCCGGCGUAGAACAAGUUUUAAUCAACUUGAAGACAGGAGAUGUUACCAAGGGAGAAUUGGGAGUUACGGCAGUGCCAGGAAAAGAGAAUGAAUUUAAAGAAAACUUUGCCGCCACAGUCAACUACGCAAAGGCUUUGAACGCCAGGAAAAUUCACAUAAUGGCGGGGAAACUACAGAACGCGACGUCACAAAACUGGGAAACUUACGAGAACAAUUUAAAGUACGCAGCCGGUGUGUUGAAGAAUGAGAAUCUCCUUGGUGUCAUUGAGCCAAUAAAUCAAUAUUCCGUGCCUAACUAUUUUUUAAGCGAUUUUAAUAAAGCACUGGAUAUCAUCAAGCGCAUCAACAGCCCUAACCUGAAGCUGAUGUUGGAUGUGUUUCAUUUACAACAAAUAUGUGGAGAUAUAUCACACAGCAUUGCUAACUUCAUGCCCUACGUUGGACAUGUGCAGAUAGCACAAGUACCAAACCGCAAUGAACCAGACACUGCUGGCGAGAUAAACUAUAAGUAUGUACUCGAGCAAAUACAAAGCAACGGCUACACUGAUUGGAUCGGAUUGGAGUACAAACCACUAAAGAGUUCCAAAGAUGGUCUCGUUUGGGUCAAGAAUUAUGGUUACAGUCUGUAA